UUUUCAGUAAAUGAAGUUGUACCACAAACCGUUAAAACCACCUACGUCUGUCCUACAGGCUUCCGAUCGAUAGGAAGAAAGUGCUAUUACUUCGGAAAGCAACCAGUGAUAUGGACGGAUUCUCAUUUCUACUGUGGGUUACUCAAUAGCACACUUGUGAUAUUCCGUUCCUAUAGAGAACAGAACUUGUUAAAGGGAUUCGUCACACAAGAUAACCACACUACUUUAGAUAGUUCAGACAGAUGGAUAGACGGAAUAUACGACUGGAAAACACAACAUUGGAAGUGGGGAGCGAAUGCUAAACCCAUUAGAGAUAAUCCAUUUACGAAACGAAAUACAGGUGAAAAAUUUAGAUGGAACUGUCUUGCACUUAGCGGUACUCUCAAUAAUAGGUGGUUGGCCAGGAAGUGUACGGAGAAAAAGGGAUUCAUAUGCGAAACUGAUACAAACAUCAUAGUAGAAUUUAAGCUUUAUAACAAACAAAAGAAAAAGUUUAAUAUUACUAGAUGUACUAGCGAAAAAUCUUUAGAUGAUUAUGAAAAAAGAAGAUGCAGGAGAUUACUAGGAAGGACUGAAAAUGAACCUUCACCAUUAAAAAUGAGAAAUCAUACAGCUCGAUCAACUCCCAAGAAAAGAAAUUUUGAUGGUUGGAUUUGUUCCCCCCAUAUGAUAAAUUUAGGAAAUCGUUGCUAUAUAUUUAGCACAAAAGAAACCACUUGGACUGAUGCGCAUUUUGAAUGUAGGAGAAAUGGCACUAAGUUGGCAAUAAUUAGAAACAAAUCUCAAGAUCACAACUUAAGAAUGUUCUUAAAUAACUUUAUUGCUACCUCCAAUGAAAGUGGUUUAAAUAUAAACGAAGAGCGUCAUGACAGAUGGAUCGGUGGUAUCUACGAUUGGAAAACUUCAAAAUGGAGAUGGGCAAUGAAUGGCCAACCUCUUAUGUAUCGAGGCUUUAAUAGUAAAGUGAUGCACCAUAGAACUCCAGAAGACUUGGCUUGGAACAGUAUAUUUAUGGAUCCGAAAAUAGAUAAUCAGUGGAACGCUGCCAAACAAACUGAAAAGAAACGAUUUAUCUGUCAAGUUCAAGCCAAAGCAGUCAAGAAGUUUGUACCGAGAAGGAAAAGACCAGCAGAUGCAACAAUAAACAUUGUCAAAAAUCAUCCAAAUGCCAUAUAG